UAUGAAAGUAAGAAGUACUACUUAUUAACGGUCAGUGCUACAUGAUAAAUGUAUAUGGAUGAUGUAAAUAAUGUUUCAUUGAUGUAAAUAAUUUUAUAAGAUUUUUGUAUUUCAAAUUCAAUUAUUAAGCAGAUUACUCUAGUGAAAUAAUUUUAUGUCAAUAUUUUACUUUUUAAGAUUUCAUAAAACAUGACUGAAAAAGAAAAGAUUAUACUCGUAACUGGCGGAACAGGGUUAGUUGGUAGAGCUAUUCAAAGUGUUAUUGAAACUGAUAAAAAUGAAAAUGAAAAGUGGAUAUUUGUAGGCUCCAAAGAUGCAGACAUAUGCGAUAAGCAAAGUACAGAGAAAUUAUUUAAUAAACAUAAGCCAACACAUGUUGUUCAUUUAGCUGCCAUGGUCGGUGGUUUAUUCUAUAAUAUGGCAAAUAAUUUGGAUUUUUUGCGCAACAAUAUGCAUAUGAAUGAUAAUGUACUACAAACUGCUCAUGAAAAUGGUGUUGUUAAAGUUAUAUCUUGUUUGUCAACUUGCAUAUUUCCUGACAAAACAACAUACCCUAUCGAUGAAACUAUGAUUCACAACGGGCCACCUCAUCCAUCGAAUUAUGGUUAUAGUUACGCCAAGCGUCUUAUAGAUAUUGCAAAUCGAGGUUAUUACGAACAAUAUGGCAGACUUUAUACUAGUAUUAUUCCCUGCAAUGUGUUUGGUCCAAAUGAUAAUUUUCAUCCUAAUGCCAGUCAUGUUAUACCAGGCUUAAUGAGAAGGCUUUACGACUUAAUUAAAAAUGAAAAUACAGAAAAUAAAACAUUUACUGUACUGGGUUCUGGAAAACCCUUAAGACAAUUUAUAUAUAGUUUAGAUUUAGCCAAAUUGAUAAUAUGGGUGCUGAGAGAGUAUGAUUCUGUUGAGCCAAUUAUACUAUCAGUUGAUGAAUCCCAAGAAGUAACAAUAGGUCAGGUAGCUGAAGCAAUUGCGCAGGCCUUUAAUUUCAAGGGAAAACUAGUAUAUGAUUUAUCAGCAGCUGACGGACAGUAUAAAAAAACAGCAAGCAAUGCGAAACUGCGAAAAUAUUUACCUGACUUUCAGUUUACACCAUUUAAUCAAGCCAUUAAAGAAACUGUUGACUGGUAUAUACAACAUCAUGAUCAGGCUAGAAACUAAUAAAUAUAUUUGAAUAUGUUUAAUAUUCCAUUUCCAGUAUGUUUGGCUUCAUGAAUGUAAAAACAUACGAGAACUCACCGUUUAUUUAAGUGUAUACAAGUUAUAUGUACAUCUAAACUU